CAUAACCUAUAAUUCUUUCGCUCACGUUGUUAGCUGUCAAAAAUAUUUAACCUCAAUCUGUAUUAAAUUUUGCAUUUAUUAAAUAUAUUACAUUUCCCUUAAAAUGUCUGACGAAGAAAUGGAUGUAAUUGAUGAAGAUUGCGAAUUAGACGAGAAUCAAGGUGAACCAUCAACAACAAACGAUGUUUAUUUACCCGGAAAACCGCUCGAGGAAGGUGAAGAAUUGGUUUGCGAUGAAAGUGCUUAUAUAAUGUUACAUCAAGCCCAAACGGGCGCACCCUGUCUUAGUUUUGAUAUAAUUGAAGAUACAUUAGGCGACCAACGCGAAACAUAUCCUUUAACUGCUUAUAUUGUUGCUGGAACCCAAGCGGGUCAAACCCACACCAACAAUGUGAUUGUUAUGAAACUCUCCAAUUUGCAUAGUACGAAACAAGAUGAAGACGAUGACGACGAUGAUGAUGAUGAUGAAGAAUCGGAUGACGAAGAUGGUGGAAAAAAUCCUCGUAUGUCGGGUGCUUUAAUUAAACAUCAAGGAUGCGUUAACAGAAUUCGUAGCACAAAUGUUAAUGGGAAAGUCUUAGCGGCCACUUGGAGUGAAUUAGGACGGGUUAAUAUUUUCGAUUUAACCCAACAAUUACAAGUGGUUGAUAACGAUCAAUUAUUAGCUAAAUAUAAAAGCGAAAAUAAAGCCAACUCAAUCACACCGUUAUUUACAUUUUCAGGACAUCAAAAAGAAGGGUUCGGAUUAGAUUGGUGUCAAACAAAUCCGGGAGUUUUAGCUUCAGGUGAUUGUAACCGAGACAUUCAUAUUUGGAAUAUGAAUGAAAACGGAAGUUGGCAUGUUGAUCAACGGCCACUUCUGGGGCAUACUUCUUCGGUUGAAGAUCUUCAAUGGUCACCGAACGAGCGUAACGUUCUUGCGUCAUGUUCGGUUGAUCGAAGUAUUAGAAUUUGGGAUACGCGAGCCGCCCCAAACAAAGCUUGUAUGAUUACAGCUGAUUGUGCGCAUGAAAGUGAUGUUAAUGUAAUUAGUUGGAGUAAAAAUGAACCUUUUAUUGUUAGUGGUGGUGAUGAUGGGGUGCUAAAAAUUUGGGAUUUACGAAGAUUUGUUGAUAAAACUCCUGUUGCGAUAUUUAAACAUCACACAGCUCCAGUUACAAGUGUGGAAUGGCAUCCAACAGAUUCUCCAGUUUUUAGUUCGGCCGGUGCUGAUCAUCAAAUUGUACAAUGGGAUUUAUCUGUUGAAAAAGAUGAUGAUGAUGAGACUGAUUUAAAGGAUGUACCCCCUCAAUUAUUAUUUAUCCACCAAGGACAAAAUGAUAUCAAAGAGCUACAUUGGCAUAAACAACUCCCAGGGGUUUUAAUAAGUACUGCUCAUAGUGGAUUUAAUAUUUUUAGAACAAUCAGUGUUUAAUUACUUUUUAUACUUAGAAAGGUUUCGUUUUAAUCUGAUUUUAUGAGGUCUAAAUUCACUAAAUGCCGCAUCGUUGGGCGUCCGUGUGGGCAAUUCUAUUAAAAAAGAAAUAAAUAAUUUUUAAAAUUA